GUACUCUGUUCGGAUUUCAAUCCUAUCCAGCUGACACAACCAGAUUCCCAGGACAUUACCAGAACACCAAACAUAGCAACUAUCAAUCACAAUUCGUUCUAAGUCCUCUCAGACACCUCAUUGAAACGCCGAUUCUUGGAAAUAUGGUGGCAGCAGUCUGACUUCUUACCCAAUUCUUUCAGCGAGCCUUAGGGCUUCGCAUCCUUCCUCCCAAAAUACAUAAAGAACGAUGAUUUCUCUUGAGAGAGUUGCUGUCACAGCAUGUAGGACAAAUUCUUCACAUCUGGCGGCAAUCAAAUGCAGUGCGAUACCUGCCAUCGAGAAUUCUUCCCUGAAACCUCGGCCAUUCUCUACACAUCCAUCACAAUCUUCCAUCAGUUCAAAACAACACUUUCCCCAACCUCUACAAGCAUUUCGCAGAGCCUUCUCGACCUCGCGAUCCUCUCUCUCCACCUCGAAAUUCACAUACGGCAUCGCCGCCUCCUUCACAGCCAAAGAUCGGCGCUACAACCCCGAUACCAACGUCUUCAACUUCAACCCCUAUAACCGCAUCCGCGCACGCCGGAAAGACAAACGCACCCGCCCAGACAGCGGCCAAGACGCCUUCUUCGUCAGCCGCGUAGGAGAGAGCUCAGAUGUCGCCUUCGGCGUUGCAGACGGCGUAGGAGGCUGGGUCGACUCUGGCGUGGACCCUGCGGACUUCUCGCACGGGAUCUGCGACUACAUGGCGCACGCAGCAUAUACUCACAAAGCCGAAGAAUGGAAUCCGCCUUUGGGCGCGCGGAGUCUUAUGCAGCGCGGGUAUGAGGAUAUUUGUAAAGACGAUACGGUCAGAGCGGGCGGGAGUACGGCGUGUGUUGCUGUUGCGAGGGGGGAUGGAGGGCUGGAGGUUGCGAAUUUGGGGGAUUCGGGGUUUGUGCAAUUGAGGUUAAAUGCGAUUCAUAAUUACUCCGAGCCGCAAACACAUGCGUUCAAUACGCCGUAUCAGCUGUCGAUUGUGCCGGAGAAGGUGCUUGCUCAGGCUGCUGCGUUUGGAGGGGAGCAGCUCUGCGAUUUCCCGAAGGAUGCGAAUGUUUCGCAGCAUUUGCUAAGACAUGGCGAUGUACUUGUCUUUGCGAGUGAUGGCGUUUGGGAUAAUCUGUCCAGCCAGGAUAUUUUGAGGAUUGUCUCCAAGAUUAUGUUGGGUGCCAGGGCUUGGGAACAUAGUGAUGGUGGAGUGGGUGUGGGUAAGAGCUUACCUCAAUUCAUUAUGGCAGAUGAUGGGAAGAGUGGUGCAGAGGAGAUCCCGAGCCUGCAAAGUUUCCUGGCCGUAGGUAUUACGAGUGAGGCCAAAUCGGCCAGCAUGAAUACUAGGGUCGAUGGACCUUUUGCUAGGGAGGUGCAAAAGUACUAUCCGCAUGAGAAUUGGAGGGGUGGGAAGGUGGACGAUAUUUGUGUAGUUGUGGCUGUGGUGUGUGAGGACGGCAAGUGAGAAUUGGAUCUGAGCGUUGAAUCUGUAUCAUAUUAGAUGAGUACUUCUCGAUGAAGAUUUGUACAAUGUUAGCUUUGAGUCGUUAUAGAACAAAAGCUUUAAUUUGUUUAU